GAUGUGAGAAAGGAGAUAUGGAUACGUCCGUGGUGGGAAGGUGCCGCGUGCCCCAGCUCCUGGUUCUUCUCGCGUUGGUGCUCAGCGGGGAGAGAACCGCGGCACAACGAGCAGGCUGCAAGAGUGUUCACUACGACCUUGUCUUCCUCUUGGACACCUCCUCCAGUGUUGGGAAAGAAGAUUUUGAGAAAGUUCGUCAGUGGGUUUCCAAUUUGGUGGAGACCUUUGAGAUUGGCCCAGACAAGACCCGAGUAGGGGUGGUGCGCUACAGCGAUCGGCCGAGCACAGAGUUCGACCUGGGCAAGCACAAAACCCGAGAGGAGAUCAAAGAGGCUGCACGACAGAUUCAGUAUUAUGGGGGCAACACCAACACUGGAGAUGCUCUCAGGUACAUCACCACCUACAGUUUUUCCAAAGAAGCUGGUGGCAGACUUAGUGAUCGCACUGUUAAAAAAGUGGCUAUCCUUUUGACUGAUGGAAGGAGCCAGGAUUUUGUCUUGGAUCCAGCCACUGCAGCCCAUCAGGCUGGGAUUAGGAUUUUUGCUGUGGGUGUUGGAGAAGCCUUAAAAGAGGAACUUGAUGAGAUUGCUUCAGAGCCCAAGUCUGCUCACGUGUUUCAUGUCUCUGAUUACAAUGCCAUCGAUAAAAUUCGGGGGAAGCUGAGGAGGCGUCUCUGUGAGAAUGUCCUGUGUCCAAAUGUCCACGUGGAAGGAGACCGGUUCAAACACACCAAUGGGGGCACUGAUGAGAUCCCAGGAUUUGACCUGAUGGAUUCGUUCAGCGUGAAGCAGAUUUUUGGAAUGAAAGAAGAUGGGAUUCAGAGUGCUUAUGUACGGCUUGGAAGCUUUCCUGUUGUUCAGAAAACUGAGGAUGUAUUUCCACAAGGCCUGCCUGAUGAAUAUGCCUUUGUAACUACCUUCAAAUUCCGGAAGGCAUCCAGGAAGGAAGACUGGUAUAUCUGGCAGAUUAUUGACAAGUAUGGCAUACCACAGGUGUCCAUCAGGCUGGAUGGGGAGAACAAGGCUGUGGAGUACAACGCCGUGGGGCUCACCAGGGAUGCCGUCAGGGUGGUGUUCCGAAACGCGCGCGUCAGCGACCUGUUCGACCGCAGCUGGCACAAAAUCGCCCUCAGCAUCCAGGCCAAGGCUGUCUCGCUGUACAUAGACUGCAAGCUGGUGCAGGUGCUGCCCAUUGAAGACAGGGAGAACAUUGAUAUUCAAGGAAAGACUGUGAUUGGCAAACGCUUGUAUGACAGUGUCCCCAUUGAUUUUGAUCUCCAGAGGAUGGUGAUUUACUGUGACUCCCGGCACGCCGAGCUGGAGACCUGCUGUGACAUUCCCUCUGGACCAUGCCAGGUCACAGUCCUGACGGAAGCACCUCCCCUGGAAGUGAGGCCCACUGUUGGCAGUGAGCAAGUUGGACAUCUCAAGAUUUUCAACUGCUCCUGUCCUCCUGGACAAAAGGGGGAGAGGGGUCCACUUGGCUUUGAAGGUCCCAAAGGUCAAAAGGGAGAAAGAGGCAUUCCAGGGCUUCCUGGACUCCGAGGAGAAAAAGGAGAGUCAGGCAAAGCCUAUGGCAUAGGAGAAAAAGGAGAAAAGGGUUCCCUGGGCUCACCUGGCCCCCCUGGGAGGGAUGGAGCAAAAGGAGAAGCUGGUGAACGAGGACAGCCAGGAGCAUUUGGACUGCCUGGGCCAGCAGGUCCAAAGGGAUCCGAGGGAAAACAGGGUCCUCCAGGCAUCAAAGGCUACGUAGGAGCACCGGGUCUACAAGGAGAAAGAGGAGAAAAGGGAACACGAGGAGACAAGGGAGACAGAGGCCUGGAUGGAUUCCCUGGAAAGCCAGGUGUGGAGGGGAAACAGGGCCCUCCUGGCAGCCCCGGCCUGCCUGGUGCUAGUGGGACCAAAGGAGACAAGGGCAGUGCAGGUGAACCAGGACUUCCAGGAUUGCCUGGCACUUCAGUGCAUAUUGAAGGCCUAAAAGGAGAGGAAGGAAAGCCUGGGCCACGAGGACCACAAGGCCACCCUGGACUUCCUGGACCUCCAGGAGAGCCUGGUCUGGAAGGCAAGCCUGGAGUCCCUGGUUUGCCAGGUCAAAGGGGUAAAAAGGGAGAACCAGGAUUCCCAGGAAUCAAUGGUCUGAUUGGCCCUCAGGGACCUCCAGGGCCCCCAGGUACUGCUGGACCCCCGGGACCUCCUGGACCACCGGGACUGCCAGGAGAGAUUGGAGUUUCUGGUAAAACUGGACCACCUGGACCACCUGGGCUGCCUGGCAAAGAUGGACUCAGUGGGCUUCCUGGGCUUCCAGGUCAAAAGGGAGAGCGAGGGGAAAAGGGUGAGGAAGGCUUUCCUGGAAAAGCUGGCCCUAAGGGUGAACCAGGGACCCGUGGCCAACCUGGUGAGCAGGGUGAAGCAGGUUUUCCUGGUCCUAGGGGCUUACCUGGACUGAGAGGAGAAAAAGGAGACCGGGGAGAAAAAGGAAGAGAUGGUCUCCCAGCAAUGAAAGGUGAAAGAGGAGAAAAAGGUGACACAGGUUCCCCUGGACCCCCGGGCUUACCUGGAACACCAGCCUUCUUCACCCCACACCCCAGGAUUCCUGGUGAACCUGGACCAAAGGGGGACAAAGGAGAUCGAGGAAUGACUGGAGAACCUGGAUUACCUGGGGUCCCAGGUGAGCAAGGUGUGCCAGGACCUGCAGGAGUACAGGGUGCAAAGGGGGAGAAAGGAGCCCGAGGAGAGGCUGGAGCCCCUGGAGAGACUGGUUUGAGUGGACCAGCAGGGCCCCCAGGUCCAAGAGGCUUGCCAGGAAAUGUGGGUGUGCCUGGAGGCCCUGGACUCCCAGGAAAGGCAGGAGAAAAGGGGGAAAAGGGUGAUCCUGGAAAAGAAGGAAAAGCGGGUUUACCUGGGCCACCUGGUGAGCCAGGGCGUGCUGGAGAGCCAGGUUUGCCUGGGAAGGGUAAAGAUGGAGAAAGGGGGGAAAGAGGACCACCAGGCUUGCCAGGACCCUUUGGACAUAAGGGUGAGAGGGGAGCUCCUGGCCUCCCUGGCCAGCCAGGAGACAGAGGAGUGCCAGGAAUUGGCCUGCCUGGACCCCCUGGCCCUGCAGGACCCCCAGGAGACAAAGGGUCACUGGGUCCCCGUGGUGUGCCUGGGAUCCCUGGACCACAGGGGCCUCCUGGCCAGGAUGGUGUACCUGGAAAUCCAGGGGAAAGAGGACCUCCUGGAAAACCUGGUUCCCCACCCCUGCUCACUCCAGAGGAUAUAAAUCUCCUGGUAAAGGAUGUGUGCAGUGAGUGCCCUCCUGGCCCACCAGGACUGCCAGGCAUCCCAGGUUUCAAAGGGGAUAAAGGUCUCCGAGGACCACCAGGGAGAGAUGGCCAGGAUGGGAAAAUGGGGAUUGCUGGUCCCAGAGGUCCUCCAGGCCCACCUGGGCUCGAUGGCCCAAAGGGUGCUAAAGGAGACCGUGGCAUGACUGGGGAAGUAGGAGAAAAAGGUGAACAGGGCCACCCUGGAAUGCCUGGCUUCUCAGGGGCUCCUGGAAACCCUGGUCCACCUGGAUCAGAUGGGGCACCAGGACCAAUAGGACCAGCAGGAAACCCAGGAGACAUGGGCAAAGAUGGUCCCCCAGGUCCACAGGGCCCACCAGGGCUGCCUGGACUUCCAGGCAUUGCUGGGAAUGAUGGUAAAGAUGGCAAACCAGGAUCUCUGGGGGAGCCGGGAAAGCCUGGAGAACAAGGGCUUCCAGGCCGGGAGGGUGCCAGAGGAUUGCCGGGUUUCAAAGGACAGAGAGGAGAUACAGGUCCCCCAGGUCCCCGGGGAGAGCCAGGUGUGACGGGUCCUGCUGGUCGUGAGGGGCCACCAGGGAAGGAUGGUGAUCCUGGUCCCAUAGGACCACAGGGCCCUCGAGGACUCCGAGGGCAGCCGGGCAAAAAUGGAGUGCCUGGAUCUGCAGGAGAACCUGGCCCAGCUGGUAUCCCAGGUCCCAAAGGAAAUAAAGGAGAAACAGGCAGCCCAGGACUCCCUGGCUUUAUAGGACCCCGAGGACCACCUGGAGAACCAGGAGAGAAGGGUCCUCCUGGAAAAGAGGGCACACCAGGGAAACAGGGUGCAAUUGGCUCCAAAGGAGAAAGGGGUGAACCUGGCAUCAAAGGUGAAAAAGGCCUUCAAGGAGAAAAGGGCCCUCCAGGUGAUCCUGGGAUACCUGGUCAUAAGGGCCAUCCGGGGCUGAUGGGUCCCCACGGACCUCCAGGAGACACUGGGCAAGUUGGACCUCCCGGUCCUCCAGGGCAGCCAGGAUUUCCAGGACCAAGGGGAGAGCCCCCAUCUCUAGAGACUUUGAGAAGACUCAUCCAAGAGGAGUUAUCCAAGCAACUAGAUGCAAAGCUACCCUACAUCCUGGCUCAGAUACAGCCGGCACAGGUAAAAGCAUCCCAUGGCAGACCAGGACCUCCUGGUCCUCCUGGGAAGGAAGGACUCCCAGGAAGAACUGGCCCUCCGGGAGAGCCUGGCCGGCCUGGACAGACUGGGUCUGAAGGGCCACCUGGACCAAUUGGUCCCAAGGGAGAAAGAGGAGCAAAGGGUGAUAAAGGAGACACUGGCAUUGGUCAACGAGGGGAAAUGGGUCCCCCAGGAAUUCCAGGCCUCCCAGGGGAGCCUGGUUAUGCCAAAGAUGGGAUGCCAGGACCUCCUGGCCCUCAAGGUGAAGCUGGUGUGCCAGGUAUGGCAGGACCCCAGGGACCCCCGGGAGCCAAUGGACAGUGUGACCCCUCUCAGUGCGCUUACUAUGCAAGCCUGGCUGCCCGGCCCUCCAAUGUCAAAGGGCCAUAG